UUAUACCAACUGCGCCAUACGUGUCACGUCUUCAAUACUCAACUCGGUGCAGAGAUGAGGAGCACCAUCAUAUUCGCCAUCGUUUUCCUCGCGACGGGGGUACGAUGCAACCAUUUGACGCAGGUCGUGCAGACAGACAAAGGGCCCGUUCAGGGCAUAACGACGAAAACAUUGUUUAACGAUCGCGAGUACUCAGCCUUCCUCGGGAUUCCCUUCGCGAAACCACCGGUAGACGAUCGCAGAUUUAAGGACCCUGAAGAAGUUGACCCAUGGAUCAAAGUGCUAAACGCUACAAGUCAGGCACCACCAUGUGCCCAAGGUUACUUCACUGGGCCUGUAGGGAAGGAAGAUUGCCUGUACCUAAACGUAUACGUCCCAGGUGGUGGAUCCAGUGGCGGUGGCGACUUGAAACCAGUGUUGUUUUGGAUAUACGGCGGUGCAUUCGUAUCAGGAGUGUCUUUCCAGGACACGUACGGACCCGACUGGUUUAUAGAGGAGGACAUAAUCAUGGUAGCAACGAACUAUCGCCUCGGUGCUUUGGGAUUCCUGUCACUUGGUCUUCCUGAUGCAUCGGGCAAUCAAGGUCUGAAGGAUCAGAACAUGGCUAUGCAGUGGGUGCAAAAGAAUAUUGCAAAUUUCGGUGGCGAUCCUAAUCGAGUGACCAUAAUGGGUGAGAGCGCUGGCGCUUGCUCGGUGAUGAAUCACAUAGCGUCGCCCAUGUCGGCAGAUUUGUUCUCGCAGGCCAUCAUUCAGAGCGGUUCUGCCUUGGCUCCGUGGUCGUUCAGAACACCAGCGCAAUCCCUCGCGAUAGGCUUUACGUUCGGCACCAUGCUGGGGAUUGUGACUCCGAGUAACGAGGACUUACUUAAGAGGCUGAAGCAAGUUGACAUAGCUGAUAUCGUGAUGGCAACAUUGGAAAUGACCGCCGCCGGUGCACUCACACCCAUCAUGAUGCCGUGGGCGCCUACGUACGAAACUAACACUGAUAACGAUUUCCUGGACAAUUGUCCUUUAUCGUUCAUGGAAUCUGGAGACUACAACCAAGUUCCUAUAUUGAUGGGUUACAACAAGAACGAGUCGUUGCUGUUUGGAAUUAUGAUUGAAGCGAUGCGGGCGGAGUUGAUCGCUGGUCUGGACACCCUCGAUAGGUUAACGUUUGGUGCGACUAAGCUUUUCUCGAAAAUGUUGGGGAAAAUGGCCAAUGACACUGAAGCCGAGAUAUUGAAGAUAGCUGACUUGUACUUGUUCACCGCACCGGCUGAUCUAGCGCAAAGGAUUUUGCAGAGGAAUAACAGUGGCAACCCCAUUUACUAUUACCGAUUGUCGUACGACACGGAGCACAAUUUCCACAGAUUCAUCGAACCAAGUACAGGAGGCACGGCUCACUUGGACGACCUUCCUUUGCUGUUACCUAUGUAUAUCAUCCAGCCCACUGAUCCUCAAGACCCCUACAAUGUGUACUCCAAAAGGCUCGUCACACUGUGGUCCAAUUUCAUCAAACAUGGAAAUCCUUCACCAGGCAAGAAUGCCAGUAGCGACACAACGUGGACACGAUCAGGAGAUCAAGGAUUGCAGAUAGAUUUUGGCAACGAAGACUUCGUCAUGCACGACCGUUUGAUGAGUCCAGAGGAUGAGGAGUACGAGAAGGCGUUUUACUCUAUCUUGCCAGUCCUCCAAGGCUGCUUGAAUUCUACAGAUAGCAACGACGGCAAAAAUAAAAAAACAAAGAAUGAAGGACCAAACGAAAAGAAGAAUGAGGGACCAAACGAAAAGAAGAAUGAAGAUCCAAACGAAAAGAAGCAUGAAGGACCAACUGAAAAGAAGCAUGAAGGACCAAACGAAAAGAAGAAUGAAGGUCCAAACGAAAAGAAGAAUGAAGGUCCAAACGAAAAGAAGAAUGAAGGUCCAAACGAAAAGAUGAAUGAAGGUCCAAACGAAAAGAAGAAUGAAGGUCCAAACGAAAAGAAGAAUGAAGGUCCAAACGAAAAGAAGCAUGAAGGACCAACUGAAAAGAAGCAUGAAGCGCCAGUCGACAAAAAGCAUGAAGCACCAACUGAAAAGAAAUAUGAAGCUCCGACUGAAAAGAAACAUGAAUCACCAACUGAAAAGAAACAUGAAGCACCAACUGAAAAGAAACAUGAAGCACCAACUGAAAAGAAACAUGAAGGGCCAACUGAAAAGAAACAUGAAGGGCCAACUGAAAAGAAACAUGAAUUCGAAAAGAAGCAAGAAUACGACAAGAAGAAUGAAUACGAAAAGAAACAAGAUUACUUAUACCAACUGCGCCAUACGUGCCACGUCUUCAAUAUUCAACUUGGUGCAGAGAUGAGGAGAACCUUCUUCUUCGCCGUCGUUUUCCUCGUGACGGGGACACUAUGUCUAGAAUUGACGGGUGUCGUGCAGACCGAUAAGGGUCCCAUUCAAGGCAGAAAAAUGGAGACUGCGUUUAACAAGGUCAAAUAUUCUGCCUUCCUCGGGAUUCCCUUCGCGAAACCACCUGUAGGCGACCUGAGAUUCAGGGAUCCCGUUGAAGCCGAUCCGUGGAACGACGUGGUAAAUGCUACACAGGAUGGACCCGUCUGUAUACAAUCUUUCAUCAUAGGACCUUACGGAAAGGAAGACUGUCUGUACCUGAACGUAUACACUCCUGUUACCGACUUCAGCAGCGGUGGCAAGUUGAAACCAGUUCUAUUUUGGAUCUACGGGGGUGCAUUCACUCUAGGAAUGGGUACAAAGGCUGUAUACGGGCCUGACUGGUUCCUGGAGGACGACAUAGUCGUAGUUACUGUAGCCUACCGUCUCGGUGUUCUAGGAUUUAUGUCACUCGGUGUUCCUGAAGCCUCAGGCAAUCAAGGUCUGAAGGAUCAGAAUUUGGGUAUGCAGUGGGUGCAGAAGAACAUCGAGAAAUUCGGUGGCGAUCCUAACCGAGUGACCAUAAUGGGUGAAAGCGCUGGUGCUUGCUCGGUGUUGCACCACAUGGCGUCACCCAUGUCGAAAGGUUUGUUCCAUCAGGCAAUCGCCGAAAGCGGUUCCUCCUUGGUCCCGUGGGGUUACAAAUCACCGACGGAUGCUCUGAUGGUUGCGAAAUCGUUUGGCGCAUUUGUGGGAUACCCCUCUUUAACAGGCAAGGCGUUAGUAGAGAAAUUACAGAAAAUGGACGCCAUAGAGCUCGUAAAGGCGUCUGGAAAAUGGGCCUUCAUCGGUGCAAUGAGUCCUCUCAUCCUGCCGUGGGCUCCAACGUAUGAAUGUAACUCUGACAAUCCUUUCCUGACCAAUUGUCCUCUGUCGUACUUGAAAUCAGGAAACUACAGUCGCGUUCCCGUAUUGAUGGGUUACAAUAAAGAAGAAGCUGUUCUAUUCGCGCCAGUGGUAGAAGUGCUACGACAGGUGCUCUCCUCCAAAUUGCACGCCAUUAAUAGGUUAUCGUUGAACGCGGCUUGGCCUUUCACUCAGAUGUUAGAUAUGUGCGCGAACAGUACCGAACAACAGUUGAUAGAGUUGGCAGACGGACUGUUGUUCCAAGCGCCAAUCGAUCUUACGCAGAGGUUGCUGGUCAAGCACAAUGGCGACAAGCCUGUUUACUUCUACCAAUUCUCCUACAACACAAACCGUAAUAUACACAGAAUGAUAGCGCCACGACUGGACGGCGCGGCUCACACCGACGAACUUCCUCUGCUGUUCCGCAUGGGUAUUAUGAACCCCGCUGACCCAGACGAUCCUUAUAACGUGUACUCCAAGAGGUUUGUUUCUCUGUGGACGCAUUUCAUCAAAUAUGGUAAUCCUACUCAUUCCGAGAAUAAAGUAAGCAAGGCAGACUGGAAACCAUCGGGCGAGAAUGGGCUGCAAAUAGAUAUCGGAAACGAGGUAUUCGAAAUGCACGAUCGUUUGAUGAAUGAGGACGGUAAAAAGUUUCAGGGGAUAUACGCUGCUGCGUUACCAUUCUUAACUGGCUGCAAGGAUGCGAACGAUACCAGUCUGAAUGUCAAUACUAAUAACGUAGACCUCUGAGUAAUUUAGUUUUGUUAUGAAUUUCGACGCUGUGCUAGCUACAGUAUUAUAGACCAGCAUCUAUUGUAAGGUAGUUAGGCGCCAAUGAGGGUGGCCAUGUUUCCCUGUGGCGCCAUUAGUUCACUUGCUCGCCGUGCACUGAAACAGUCGUCAAGAUAGUGAAACAUCGCCUUUCUAAUAGAACACUAGUUACUCGAAAAAGCUACGCUCGUUACAUUUGUAUUGUAAGUAACAUGUGUACAGUCUCCUUUAUUUUUACAGAAUAUUGUCAUAACGUUGUACUAAGAUCGUGUGUAUUGAAAUUAAAAUACAUAACAACGAAGAAA